AUGAGCGCCAACUUACAGAAGCUCCAGCUGCUCCACCGUGCCCACCAAGACAAAGCGAAAUCCAGGAUGGCGGCGGUGGACAAGGCGGAGGUGGAUUUUGAGGAGCGCAUCGCUCAGACGCAAGUCUGGUUUGGCGAGUCCCGGAAGGAACUGAGGGCUGCCCAGGGUGAGCUGGAGGAGCGCAAGCGGGAGCUCAUCCUGAAGCAGGCCGAUAUCGAGAAGGCCCAGGAGGUGGCGAAGGAUCUGGCUGCCAAGGACAAAGCUGCCCGGCAGCAGCAGAAAGGCCUGCUGGACUUCCAGGAGGAGGACCUUGCCGCUCGUGAGCAGGCGCUUGCCGCCACGCUCCACGGCAAGGAUGAGGAAAUUGAGAAGAUCGUCGCGCAUCAGACCCAGGAGCUGGAGCAGAGCCACAAGGAUGGACUCAAUGCUGUGGCCCUGGACCACUCCGGCAAGGUGGAGGAGCUGGAGCUAGAGCGGGAUGGGCUGAAGAAGGAGGUCUUGGAGCUGAAGGAGGAGAGGGACACGGCCAACCAUGCUUUGGCGGACGCGCAGGCCGCGGUCUCCGACAAGGCCAAGCUGCUAUCCGAGGCCAAUGACUCCAUCAAUGAUCUGAAGCUGAAGGUGGACGGCUUGGAGGCGACGCUCUCAGAGGUCAAGGCCCGGGAGGGGACCCUAACAAAGGCCCUCGAGACCGAAAAGCGGCUACGGAGUGAUGACGCCACCGCCCACAAGGAGUAUGUGGGCAAGGUCAAUCUCUAG